AGGCGCCGGCUGGUUGGCGGCGGGAGCGGCGGCGCUCGCAGGUGGUCUCCUCGCCGUGGUGCCGGCGCCCCGGGCCGCGGUGUGUGGCGCGCCAUGGCGGACUCGGGCUGCGAGGCCCCGCAGGGCCAGGACCGGGAGAGUUUUCUGUACUUCGCCUACGGCAGCAACCUGCUGACCGAGCGGAUCCACCUCCGAAACCCGUCGGCCGCGUUCUGCUGCGUGGCCCGCCUGCAGGAUUUUAAGCUUGACUUUGGCAAUUCCCAAGGCAAAACAAGUGAAACUUGGCAUGGAGGUAUAGCCACCAUUUUUCAAAGUCCUGGAGAUGAAGUAUGGGGAGUAGUAUGGAAAAUGAACAAAAGCAAUUUAAGUUCUCUGGAUAAGCAAGAAGGGGUUAAAAGCGGAACAUAUGUUCCAAUAGAAGUUGAUGUUUAUACUCAAGAAGGAAAAGAAAUAACCUGUCGAAGUUAUCAGAUGAAAAAUUAUGAGAGUGCUCCCCCAUCUCCCCAGUAUAAAAAGGUCAUUUGCCUAGGUGCAAAAGAAAACGGUUUGCCACUGGAGUAUCAAAAGAAGUUAAAUGCAAUAGAACCAAAUGACUACAAAGGAGAAGUCUCAGAAGAAAUUGAAGACAUUAUCAAAAAGGGAGAAAUAAAAACUCGUUAGGACCUAAUAGAAUAUAUCUACAGAUAUUUUCUGUAUGUGCUAAUAUAUUUUUAACAUUUAGAACAGAGAUUUGAGAUAUCUCUAUGUUUAGUACAUUUUCAGCAGUGCUCUGAAGGGGUGUCUUACUUAGGUGAUUCUUUGUUUUCAGAUUAUAAAAAGAAACUAGGUUAGAAAUUAGAUAAUUGAAAAGGUUGCCAUGAGGCACUGGAAUGCAUGACAAGUGGAUAUGGGUACUCCAUCUGUGAAUACUUAGAAGUUAUUUUCUGCAGUUGAACGUGUUCUUGCUCUGUGACAAAGGAGAGAUUUGCAACUUAACGAUUGUGCGGGUGAAUUGCUCUGCUCUUGGAUUUUUAAAAUCAGUUUAAUAAGAGCAAGGAAACUGCAGAGACAGUUGAUAAUUUUUUUUAAUUUAAAAAUGGUAUACUGUUCUUAGAGAAAUAAAUGUAUUUGUGGUUUAACCUAUAUUCCUUACUAAAGUACUAUAUUUAACUUUGUUAGAGACUCCUAUCAUCACACAUACUGGGUAUGGUGUCGGCUGUACAGAUUAUGAGGGAUUAUGAGGAGAAAAACAUUUUAUGGAAGCUCCAGUUUGACUCUUGGCUUCUUGAAUUUACUGAACAAAUGAAGAAAGAAGAGUCAUGAAUAAAACAGCACUGAUUAUCAAAAA